AUGCCGAAAACCCCACCAAGCAAAUUAAAAAAUUUAAUUGCUCAGUGGAUACUACCACUAAAUAAAGAUAAUGUAAACUUUAAAAUUGAUGGGACGACUCUUUUUUGUCAACUGUGUGACAAACACAUACCAUGCAUUAAAAAGUCUCAAAUAAUCCAACAUGUGAACACAUCAUCACACCAAGAAGCUUUAAAGCGUAAGUCUAAUAAUCCAAAACAAUUGUUUUUACCAGAAUCUACAUCUAAAAAAAAUGUAAAUGAAUUGUAUGAAGACCUAUGUUUGAGUUUAAUUGUUGCUAAUAUACCGUGGUAUAAGCUACAAAAUCCACAAUUUCGAGCUUUUUUAGAAAAAUAUACUGGCAAACAUAUACCUGAUGAAA